CUCACAGCGGCCGGAUCUUGCGCGAGUAGGUUGGCGUUGUUGGCCUCGUGGUUGCAAAGCUGAGUUCUUCGCUGUAGCUAAUUUUUUUAAUCGAUCUAGAUGAGCAAGGCCGAGGAUGUCGCGGAAACAGCUAUUCACAAAAUGCAACAGAUCUCCAAGCAGCUCGUUGAUCUGUUCACGAACAAGCUCAUGUAUCGCGUGCUUAGUUUCAACAAUUGUGCUGGCACUUUCUAGAGUAUUUGUGUUAUGUUCCCAAUUGUUGCCGAGCAUGCAAGUUUAGUUUCACGAACUAGCAAUGUUUCUACCAAAUAAAUGGCAUGCAUGAUUCAGUUGUGACUCAAUUUAUGUUUGCUUGUAUCAAUGAAUUAUCCUAAUUAUUAUAGCCUUAUUGUAUAUGGAACAGUUUGUCAUGAAUGAAGCGUGUUUUGCUUAUAAAGUUAAACUCCUGCAGGAUGGAACACAACUUGAAUUAUGGAUUCACUGGUGCUACCAGUCAGGCAUACCCUGACUCCCAAGAAUGGGAGUUCCCUUUGUCUGCAUCAUUGGCUGAGAUUGAGCAAGCUACAACUCAUCAAUUGCAGGAAGCCAUGCGGCAUCAAAUGUCAUUUGAACCUCCCAGACCUGAAGCUGUAGCUGUACCUGUGGACGCCAGCAAUGAAAAUGCCGAGGUAAUUGUACAAGCAGUAGCAGUAAACAUUCCUGGUCAGUCCAAAAGAGGAGGGAAAGGUAAUAAGACUGCCAGAGGAAAUGACAAGAGGGUAUCACAAAGAGGUAAAUCAUUUAGCAAAGAGGAAGAUAGAAUUAUUUGUUCGGCCUUCCUGAAUGUGAGCAAAGACCCAAUUACUGGUGUGUCCCCUUCACUUGAUAAAUUUUAAAGAUUUGAUAGUUGUGAUGUUAGUAAACUUAUUACGUUUACAUAUGUAGGAACCAAUCAAUCUAGUGGAGGUUAUUAUCAAAGAUUGCAUGAAUAUUUUGUGGAGAACAUUGAUUUCCCUACUUCAAGAAGUUAGAUUGCGAUAUCUAACCGGUGGCUCACCAUACAAAAGGCUGUUAAUAAAUUCUGUGGUUUUUUUUUCUAUUGUUGAAAGGAGGAAUGAGAGUGGAAAAACAGAACAGUACUCAUCACCAUAUACAUCAUUGACAGUGUUGACAAAGUGCAUGAGGGUCUCGAGAACGGUUGUCUCUGCCAUUUUGUAUGUGUCAUCUAAUGCAUCUGCAGCGCCGCCAUACGCUAACAUUCUCAUUGCAAUUAAGCACUUGUGAAUUGGAGUGAAACCUAACUUCUUUGCUGCAUUUCGUUUUUGCUUGAAAUA